CUAUCUUUUUCCUCACCCCGGCCCGUUCCAUCACCCUCACGGCAAGCCCUGAUCACAUCAUCCUGCUUGUCUCUCCCCAACCUAGCUCCAUCUCUCUUUCAUCUACUCUUCCAUCGAUCGAUCCAUCGUACUGCGUGAGGAUGGGGAGGGGAAAGAUUGAGAUCAAGAGGAUCGAGAACACCACCAGCCGCCAGGUGACCUUCUGCAAGCGCAGGAAUGGGCUGCUGAAGAAGGCCUACGAGCUCUCCAUCCUCUGCGACGCUGAGAUCGCUUUGAUCGUCUUCUCUACCCGAGGCCGCCUAUAUGAAUAUUCCAGUAACAGCGUAAGGUCGACGAUCGAGAGGUACAAGAAAGCCUCUGCCAGCACUUCUGGAACAGCUCCAGUGACAGAUGUCAACUCUCUUCAAUACUUUCAGCAAGAAGCGGCAAAACUGCGCCAGCAGAUACAAACCUUGCAGAAUUCAAACAGGCACCUGAUGGGUGAAUCUACUGGCAAUAUGACUGCAAAGGAGCUAAAGGGCCUUGAAAGCAGGCUUGAAAGAGGCAUUGGGAGGAUCCGGUCCAAAAAGCAUGAGCUGCUGCUCGCGGAGAUCGAAUAUAUGCAGAAGAGGGAAGCAGAUCUGCACAAUGAAAACAUGUUCCUGCGGGCCAAGGUUGCGGAGGCUGAGCGAGCUCUGGAGCAGGAGGCGGCAGAAGACCAGACGAUGAUGGUGCCGGCGGCGGUCCGCGGGGCUACGACGGAGCUGAAAGCGUUGCCGGCGUCGUUCGACGCGAGUGGCUACUACCAGUACCAGCAGCAUCAGCAUGUGGUGGCCGCCGCCUCCGCUGCCUCCUCGUCGCAGUACGCGGAGCAGCCCCAGGGUCAGCAGGAGUACCACCACCAGACUGCCCUCCACCUCGGCUACCACGUUAAGAUCGAUUCCGCCGCCGACAAAGGCUUCCUCUAGGCGCUCGCGCGCAUGCAUGCGUGAAGCGUCUCAUCUCAUAAUCUGACGUACGGACGAUGGGUGCCGGACAGCUAAGGUAAGGCACAUUGUCAUCGCCUGACCAUGGAGUGGAGUGGUUGUUGCUAUAUGUGCUUCUAUAUAGAGAGAAAAUAAGGGGUAGAUCCGCGAGUACCUAUGUACGCAAGCUGUAUCAAACAAUAUUGUCAUGAGAUAUAUAGAUUGACUAUAUAUGU